ACCUUUCGUCAAUCAUACAGACAAAACGAACCAAGAGUAAAUUGUGUUGUAGAUAUAGUGGAUUAUAUUUUGUGUCAAAUAUGCUGACAAUGAGACGUUGCUAGCAUAAACAAUGGAUAUACGUGAUUUAAAGGAUGCUAAGAUAACCCAUACGGGUUUAUUGCAGCACAAUGCAGACGGUACAACGGAUCUGCAAAAGAUCACUCAUGCGGGCCUGGUCGCACGUAGCCCCGAAGGAACAGCUGCCAAAGGCAUGAACAUUCGCGGCAAUGAAGAUCUAUGGGUCGAAAUUCAAGCAAAUACAUUCCGAAAUUGGGUCAAUGAACAUUUAAAAGAUUCAGAUAUGCAGGUUUCCGAUUGGACCACUGAUUUUUGUGACGGUACACAUUUGUGUACGCUAGUUGAGAAUCUUCAAAAACGUCCACUGAAAGGAUGGAAUCGUCGACCUGCCAAUCAACAUCACUAUCUGGAAAAUGCAUCGGUUGCACUCAAAGCAAUUGAAGAGGAUGGCAUUAAACUUGUUAACAUCGGUAAUGUCGAUAUAGUCAAUGGUAAUGUAAAAUUGAUAUUGGGCUUGAUUUGGUCGUUGAUUGUUCGUUAUCAAAUUGGACGUAGUAAAUUUCCACCACGUAAGCUUAUGCUGGCUUGGUUGCAAGCCGCAUUGCCAAAAUGUAAGAUUAACAAUCUUACAACGGAUUGGAAUAGUGGUAUUAAUUUAUCUGCAUUGCUCGAAUAUUGUCAACCGGGUUUGUUUCCGCACUGGAAUACAUUGGAUCCAAAUCAAAGUGUACGUAAUUGUACAAAUGCCAUGAACAUUGCACAACGUGAAUUUGGCAUUCCAAAAGUUCUUGAACCGGAGUAUUUAGCAUCACCAUGGCUCGAUGAACUUUCGGGUAUGACGUAUUUGUCGUAUUUUAUGAAACCUGGCGGACCAGGCUACAAUGCUACUAUGAAUUGGGCGAAUAGCCAGUUAAAACAUGAGGUCAACAAUUUUACGACUGAUUGGAAUGAUGGACGCGCAUUUUGUGAAAUAAUCAAAGGGCUAGGUGGUUCAGUGCCAGCACCAGAUUCAUUGAAUGCACAUCAUUCAUAUUGGGAAAAUAAUAUAAAAAAAGCGGUUGACGCUGGAAAACGUUUGGGUGUACAACCAGUAUUAUCGCCAAAAGACAUGACCAAUCCAGAUGUCGAACACUUGGGCAUUAUGGCCUAUACAGCCAAUUUGCAAUGGGUCACCCCGAGACCGGCACUAUCCGACUCAAUUGCCGUUCAUUUAGAAAGUACAUCGGGACGAGUUGGCGAGCCGACAUACUUCCGAGUUGAAGUUCUGAAUCAUGAAAUUGAUAUGUCUUCUGUUCGAGCAUACGUAAUUCCACCGACUGGAAUUCAACAAUCUGUUAAAUUAAAUCCCAAUGGUCAAGGACAAUUUGUGCCAGACAAAUACGGAAUGCAUGAAAUCCAAAUUGAAGUCAACGAAGACAAAUUGGGUGGCCAUUUCUUCCGCGUAUUACCUCGAUUCAUUCAAGUUGCACCGCCAGGAAUGUCACCAUGCGCAAUCGGAAGCUUGGUUGAAGUGUUGGUUAAUGCAACUGGUGCUCCAAAAUCUGAAGAUAUUUUAGUGACAGCUUACAGCCCAAGUGGCCGUUCAUUAAAAUGUCCAUUGAAAAAAUUGAGCGAAGGUCAUAGUGCCAUAUUCAAGCCAGACGAAGCUGGCAUUUGGGAAAUAGCCAUCACCUAUCAAGGUAGACACAUUCAGGGUGGACCAUUUACAUGUGCCGUAUUCGAUCCGAACGGUGUAUCUGUUCAUGGUCUUGACGGUGCCAUGCCGAUGCGUGCACAUUCAUUUGAAAUUGAUGCCCGUGGUGUUGGUGUUAGUGGUGAAUUGCAUGUGGAUAUUGUGCAUGAGAAACAUUCACUAGUCUGUUCCGUUGAAAAAUUAGUUGAAAAUAAAUAUCGUGUUACAUUUAUGCCACGUCAAAAUGGAAAAUAUCGCGUUUAUAUUUAUUUCAAUGGAUACGAUGUUAAAGGAUCACCAUAUAUUAUGCGUGUAGGCACAAAGGGACGAUCGGGUAAAACUAGAUCCCAUGAAAAUCGAUAUCGCUCUGAAAGUCCAUCGAUGCAUUACACAACAACAACAACACCAGUUAAACACAACGAUUUCCGUAGUGCCAAAAAAGAUUUAUACGAUCAUGAAAUCAGUCGAUCGUUUUCACCGCAAUACAAUAAUUCACAUGAUGACAUCUAUAAAACAUCCAGUUAUUAUUCAUCAUCAAAACGUGAAGAGCAAGUGUAUUCACCUCGAUUACAAUCGCCGCGUCGUGAAGAGCUCAGUUCAAAAUACGGCACCGAAACAUAUUCGACUAGUCUGAAUUCGGAGGUACGAAAAACCAGCAACGAUUACUAUUAUAACAAAGAGAAUGAAUUCCAUUCGAAAAAGAAUGAAACCGAUACAACACUUUUACCGCCACGAAGUGAAAAGUAUACGUCAAAUUAUGUUUCAAAAAACUACAGCGAUAACUUGAAUUCACGCAAUAAGAAUGUAUUCAAUCCGAUUUCCAGUCCGAUUCAUAUGCAAGCAACGAGUCCAAUUCCAAGGAAUAGCCCGUUAACAGUAACAACAACAACAAGCCGAUAUGAAUCAUCAUCUCGAAAUCAUGUAUCAAGUCCAAGAAAUUAUUCAAUGUCACCAACAUCACAAGUUGAACGAGUGUCACCGGUUAAUUAUGUGCCAGCAUCAAUGCAACGUGUUGCAAGUCCAAUAAAUAUGCAACGUGUCACAAGCCCAAUUACAACGAUAACACAUCGAGUAACCACACCAUUAACAAGCCCAUUGACAGUAAAAACUGGAGCCGGCGAAUCAUACAAAAUGACCGAAAAAAUAUCUUCAUAUAAAACAUCCUCAAAUUAUACAUCAUCUGAUGAUACCCGAAGGAGCCCAUCAUAUCCAGUUGCAAAGCACAUUUCUAGUCCUGAUCCGGUUGAUAAUUCGUCCAAUGUGCGCGUAUCCGGUUUAAAGAAUAACAAUUCAUCACGACGUGAUAGUUGGGAUGUUAUAAAUAAAACGAAAAAUAUUCUUUCACAUAAUUCGCUCGAGUCAUUGGCGAACAUGACCGAAAGUCAAUUGAAUACAGAUUUAUCGUAUAGCCGUCCACGAGGUUUGGACAGUGAAACCGAAUACAAUACACGAUAUAAUAAAUUUGAAUUGGUCGAAAAACGAUCAACAGAACGUCGAGGUUCUGAUGAUAAUUCAGAGCGUUACAAAAUUUACUCGCCAACCACAUCACUUUCUUCGAAACAAGAUUCAACCACGCACAAACAAUAUACAACGCUAAAAGAGCGACAAGAAUAUUCAACGAAAACUGACAGCGAUUAUGGUUAUGGAUCGACAUCACGCUUUCGACCAAUCGAUAAAGAUGUUUCUGGUGCUAGGGCCAUUCAAGUUCAAGACAUUCCAAACGGUGCUGUUGGACGACCCGUAGAGUUCGAAAUCGACGGAUCACAUGCUGGAUCUGGAAAUCUGGAGAUCUUGGUGAACGGUGGCCGUGUUACAUCUUCAGUUCGUGCACUCGGUGCACAACGAUUCGUUGCAAGUUUUACACCCCAUGAACCAGGCACACAUAUUGUUCAGAUUACAUUCAAUGGUGAAACCGUUCCCGGAUCACCGUGGAUGUCAGAUAUAAUGUCAUCGCCAGGUUUUACACCGUUAGGUGAAUCAAGUCGUCUUGUCCCAGCCAAAUCGCCGGCGGUUUUUGAGAUACUGCCGCCUCCUGGAUCCACUCUCAACCGAGAUGAUUGUGUAGCAUCGGUUUUGUCACCAAGCAAAAAUAAAGUCAAUGCGAAGAUCAUCCAUGAGGCGGCGGGAUCGAAUGGUGCCAUGCGCAUCGAAUUCGUACCACAAGAAGUUGGAACACAUGUUAUUGAAGCGUCAAUAGGUGGUACAAAAUUAGCUGGAGGACCACUUAUAGCAAAGGUAUACGAUUCAAGUUUAAUUCAAGUAACAGACGUAAAUGGAGGAGUUGUAGGUCAACCAUGUCAGUUUCGAGUUGACGCAAGUCAAGCCGGAGAAGGGCAAUUAGAAAUUUCAAUAAACGAAGGUGAGGUGCCGAACCAUGUACAAGUUGUUGGCGGCGGUCGUUGUUUGGUUUCGUUUACACCAGAAAUUGCAAAACCACAUUACAUCGACAUCAAAUUUAAUAGUGAAACAGUUGAGGGAUGCCCAUUUGUUUGCUCAAUAGCCGACACAAGUCGAGUAUCAUUAAAUUUAGCUAAUUUAGAUUUAAUUCCUGUAAAAAAGCCAGCAACAUUUCAUAUUAGCGUAAGCGGAGGUGGUGCAGCUGAGUUAGCAGUCAGCGUGAGAGGUCCACAUGGCGAAUUGCCUGUACGAAUUAAAGGCGAUGUUCAAAGUGGUUUUAAUGCUGAAUUUACGCCAACCACAGUAGGAGCGCAUACAAUUAAUGUUGAAUAUAACGGUUAUGCUGUACAAGGAACGCCUUUUAUUGCAAAAUCAUACGAUUCAACGAAAGUAGUUGUCGGUUCGGUGAGCAAAGGUACGGUUGGCAGAACUGUUCAAUUCACCGUCGAUGCUGGUGAUGCUGGCGAAGGAAACUUAGAAAUUACAAUAUCAGCGAAAGGACACAAUAUUCCGACCCAAGUACAACCGCUUGGCAAUGCCAAAUUUUCAGUUUCUUUUGUGCCGGCCGAAGCGUGUGAACAUAUAAUAAGCGUGUCAUUUAAUAAAGUAUCGGUGCCGAACUGUCCAAUAACUGUGCCAAUAAGCGGUUCAUCGAUUGGUCCUCAAGUCUCAUUGAGUGGACCAGGACCCGUUCACCUACCAAAUUCGCUAAAUAUUAAUCAUGCCGAUGGCCGUUUAGAAGAUAUCGAAGUCAAUGUUGAAGGUCCAUCAGGACAAUCGAUACCAGCGCAAGUAUCGCAAACAGCUGAUGGUGUUUUCAAAGCCGAUUUCGUUCCACGUUCAGUUGGUGAACAUAAAAUCAGUGUAACGAUUAACGGCCGUCCAACCAUUGGAAGUCCAUAUUCGGCAAAGGUAUACGACGUGAGUGCAAUCAAAGUGAAAAACGUUACAAACGGUUCGGUGGGCAAGCCGAUUAUUUUUUUGGUCGAAACAUCACAAGCGGGUCCCGGUAAUCUUGAAGUGACUGUUAAUGGUGGUCGUGUUCCAACAUCGGCUCAAGCUCAAAAUCAACAUACAUACGCUAUAAGCUUUACGCCACGCGAACCACAAAAUCAUACGGUUGAUUUACGUUUUAACGGACAAGACGUGCCUGGCAGCCCAUUUAUAUGCAAAGUUUCAGCCGGCGCAAAAAUCAUUUCGCCCGAAACGUUUGAUAAAAUUAGCGUUGGUCAAACAUUUGAAUUUAUCGUUGAAUCGGAUACAAUGCCACACAUUGAUGUUGUUGGACCGACAUUAAAAUCGAUUCCAUCACAAAUUGAAGCGGUCGAUAAUGGUUUUAAAAUUCAAUUUGAACCAAAAGAAGUUGGCGAUCAUACGGUUGAUGUACGCGUGGCCGAAAAUAGCAAUCACAUCGAUGGUAGUCCAUUCAUUUUAAAAGCAUAUUCGGCUGAAAAAGUCAUUGUAACGGACAUAAAACCCGGUGUUGUUGGAAAGAGUGUAAGUUUUGGCAUCAAUGCAAGUCAAGCAGGAGCUGGCAAUUUAGAGAUUAUCGUUGCGGUAAAUGGAAAAAAUGUGCCGAACUUUGUUCAAUCGGAAGGAAAUGCACGUUUCAAAGUUAAUUUUCGACCAACCGAAGCGGCAACACAUUCGCUAUCGGUGAAAUUUAAUGGUCUACCCGUUCCAGGAUCACCGUUUUCGUGUAGCAUUGCACCAGCGCCAACAUCACAAUUGAAAACAACCGUUACCGGUGAUGGUAUCAAACAAGCGUCCAUCAAAACAGACAAUACAUUCGAAAUUGAGGGAAUUGACGGUGUUGAGCCAACCGUUGCGAUUUCAUCACCAACCGGUGAUAAUGUUCCCUGCAAAGUAGUUCGUCAAAGUGACAAAUUUAUUGUAAAAUAUCAACCAAAUGUGGUCGGUCGUCAUUUGAUUUCGGUAACAAUAAAUGAACAACACAUUGGCGGUUCACCGUUUUCAUGCAAUGUAUUCGAUGUAACACGAGUUACAAUAACUGGUUUAGAGCAACACAAUGGUCCAACGUCGUUAGGUGUGCCGGUUACAUUUUCGGUUGAUGCAGCCGGUGCCGGUGAAGGAACACUCGAAUUGAUCGUAUCAACUGCAACGAGCACGGUAAAAGCUGAAGUGGUUGCUGUUGCACGUGGAUUAUACGAUGUCACAUUCAUACCGCACACAUGCGAACCACAUUUUGUUAAUAUAACAUUCAAUGAUGUUGCCGUUGAAGGUAAUCCAUUUCGUGUUGAUGUACAUCAAAAUACACUUUAUUUACAAGUUGGUAGCAUUGCUGCCGUGGACAAUAUCAGCGACGAUCAAAUUAUUGAAAUUGUUGGCCCAACUGGAAAAUCCGUGCCAUACAAUGUCACCAAAAAUGUUGCCGAAUUCAAAACAAAUGCCAUUGGCACAUAUGUCAUUCAAUUCUUUGACAUUGAAACUCGUACAUUGAUUACAACCAAAACAUUACACAUUUUCGAUCCGGCUCUCAUUAAAAUUACCGAAGUUGGUGAAGCAGUUUGCAAUCGGCCAUCGGUUAUUGCACUAUCGAUUUAUGAUGCUGGCAAAGGUAGCUUAAGCGCAUUAGUUCGUUGCGGAAAUACCGAAGUACCGCACUCGAUUCGUGGCCCAUCGAAAAGUGGCUCAUAUGAAAUUGUUUAUCAACCAACUCGUGUUGCACCGCAUAAAAUAAAUAUAUUCUACAAUGGUGUGCCGGUGUCGAGCAAAGCAAUUGAAAUAAAUGUAUUGCCACCAACACAAAAAGCAAUCAAUGUCAGCGGUCUGGGAUUGUAUCAGAGCCGAGUGGGAAAAACGACAUCAUUUUCAAUCGAUACAAAUGGUAAACCGGCCAGAGAAUUUGAUGUUGUCGUUUCGGGACCGGGAGGUGAAGCCUUACCUGUCAGAUGCUAUCAAACAAAGGGCGGCCAAUUACAAGCUGAAUUCACAAUCACUAAAAUCGGUCAAUGUUUAAUUGAGGUUUUACAUCAAUCCAAAUCAUUGCCGGGCAGUCCGUUCACAUGUGAAUCAUAUGAUCCAAAGAAAGUUGCAAUACGUGGAAUUCCAAGAGGCCCAUUGGUUGUUCAUAAUUCCAUUUGUUUUAUGUUGAAUGCUGAGGAUGCUGGAAAAGCUGAAAUUGAAUUAUUGGCCAUCGCUCCGAAUGGUCAAAAUAUUCCAGUGCAAGCAAUUCAACAAGCCGACGGUCAAAUUAUAAUUGAGUUCAUACCAAAUAUACCUGGUCAUUAUAAAUUACAUAUAUUAUAUGGUGGUGAACCCAUUAAUGGUUCACCAUUGACAUUCGUUGCCAAUGCACUCGAUUCAAAUCAAUUGGAUAAUCAACAUGUAUCAAAUGGUAAUGGCUUAGAAAUUGCACAUCGCGGAAAGGAAACUUCAUUUACAGUGUAUUGCCCAACAACACCAAAUGUACAAAUCGAACGUUUCGAUGAGCAAAGCGAACGAAUCGAACCAAAAAUCAAGUCAUUGAGCAAUAAUGAAUGGCGAAUUUCGUACACAAUUUUAUCGGUCGGAAAGUAUGAUAUUCGUGUGAGUUGUCCAAAUCGAGGACCAUUAUUCGGUUCACCAUGGAAUAUAUCGUGUGUUGAUCCAAACAAAGUCAUUCCGAUUGGCGGUUGGGCGGCACUCUUGGACGAAGAGGGCCGUUUAGUUUUACCAGCUCGCAUUGUUUUCGACACAUCACAAGCAGGACCGGGAGAAUUAAUGUGCAGUGUUGAUGGCCGAGUGCUUGCAAUUGACAAGCAAGCUGAUGGUAAGUCAAGAAUUUAUAUAUCUGCCGAUGGCUUAACACCUGGCGAACAUAAUUUCGAUUUAACAUGGAGUGGCCAGACAAUUUAUCAAAGUCCACGAAGUGCCGUAGUUGGUGUCCAACAGCAAUCCGAUAAAGUUGUAUUGACGGGACGAGGAUUAGCUGCUGCUCAAGCUGGUGAAAGUGCACAUUUUACAAUUGAUGCACUUCAAGCGUCCAUUGGAAAACCUGAAGUAAUUUUGACUUAUGCUAAUGGAUCACCACUACCGGUUGAACUAACACAACCAAAACAAAACGAAGCCAUUUGGCUUGCAACAUACACACCGAGCCGAUCAACAUCGGGACCAUUGAAUUUAAUUGUCAAAUGGAAUAAUCGAUUGAUCAAAGGAUGCCCGUUAACUGUUCAAGUUGGCACGUCAAUCGAUGCAUCGAAAGUUUUGUGCUCCGGUGAAGGUUUACGGCACGGUGUUGUUGGCAGAGAAAUUCGAUCAUGGAUUGAUACACGGCGGGCAGGACCAGGUGAAUUAACCGCUCAUUGCACUGGUCCAAGAAAAGUUGCCUAUUGCGAAUUAUACGAUCAUGGUGAUGCCACAUUCACACUUAAUGUUAAACCACAAGAGCCUGGAAAACAUUUGCUUACAAUUAAAUAUGGUGGUCAGCACGUGACAGGAUCACCAUUUGCACUAAAAGUUGCCGGUGCACCCGAUGCCAGCAAGGUUCGUGUUUUUGGACCGGGCAUUGAACAUGGUGUACUAGCUACAUUCCAAUCAAGGUUCAUUUGCGAUACUCGUGGAGCUGGCGCCGGACAACUCACGGUUAGAGUUCGCGGACCAAAAGGCGCAUUCCGUGUCGAAAUGCAGCGUGAAAGUCAAAAAGAUCGCACCAUCCUUUGUAAAUAUGAUCCAACCGAGCCUGGCGAUUAUCGCGUUGAAGUAAAGUGGGCUGGUGAAUUGGUUCCAGGUUCACCUUUCCCAGUCAUGAUUUUCGACACGGAGGAGGAACUGCGUCGAUUUAUUCAUGGAUUGAACUAGGUAUAAAGUAUCCACAUGAAAAGCGAAAAUUCAACGAAUAAGAAAAAUUAUUUAUCAAAUUCAAUGUCUGCUAUUCCAUUAUCCUCUGUUUUCUUUUUUAAAUAUAAAAUAAACCAAUUCCAAUGAACAAA